AUGACAUCAGAAAAUAGACUAGAUCUUCGUCCUCUUCAUGAUGCACUUGACCAAGCGCUUUUCAGUCUUCAACCUCAAAUCGGUGAAUUGUACAGCAGUCUUUUAGCCACCUUAAGUCAACCACAGCACGAUACGGCCUCCAGGCUUCAAAGCGUCAAAAUGGACUCGGAAACUAGACUAGCUCUUCAUCAUCUUAAAGAGGAUCUUGAAAAAGAGCUUUUCAUUUUGCAUCCUCGAACAAGAAGUAGAUUGAACAGCAGACUUUUAGCGGCACAAGACGCACUACUGAACGAUCGAUCUUCCGAGCCAAACACUCCUUCAAUGGCCGAUUGCAACCCCAGUCAGACCCAAAGAUCGGCAAUGGAAAAAGCCAAAGAACCAACGUCAAAACAUAAUCGGGCAACUCAGCGCUUGGGACCAGGACACACACCACACUGGGAGAAGAGCAUGAUGCAAGAAAGGGAGGAUUCUGAGGAUACCAUUUCAUACGAAAGCAAUUUCGACGAUUACAGCGACACUGACCAAACUAUGAGCAAACACAUCAUGCCCAAAGGCCAAGUCUAUACCCACACUAAGGCCCACACUAAGGAUAUGGCUGUUUCCUACGCCCCGAACGCCAAAUUGGAAUUCCCGCAGAAGACUAACAUCAGCCCACACAAACCCUCAAUGGACCACACGACGGAGGUGUCAGACCUUCCAGGAGUUCCAAGAUGGUUCCCCGCAAGAAUUAAGAGGAUAUUGAACGAUGAUGGAUGCCCCGACGCGCUCCCAUUCAAGUUCAUGGACAAACUCACCCGAUACCGAGCAUGGCUUGAGGCUCUUCGACGCCGAAGAUGGAAACAAUAUCUCAGGGCUGGGAAGGCUAGGUGGCAACUGAGUAUCGCUCUCCAGAAGCUCCGACAAAGACCUGCAAGCACGACCGCCGCAUUCUAUCAACAUCGGCUCCGCCAGCAGAAGAAAUGGAAGGAGAAAGCGCUUCGAGCUAUGAAGAAGUUAGAUGUCGUUAUUGAAGGGACAAAUUAUCUGGACAAGACAAUGUCUGCAAUUUUUAAAGUCGAACGCGAGGUCUACGAGAAAUAUCUUGGUUGACUGCAGAAGAGACCCGAGGACAUGCGGGAUUUUAAGAAUAUCGGGUGAAACGUGAGCGAUUCUUUGACUUGAGAGAGAAUCUCCAAGUUUUCGCCGGCUUCUAAGGAAUGGGUAUCAAAACUCAGAACGUGGACUAGAAACAGAGCAGUGUAUGGAGUCAAUUUAUCGUGGAAUUUUCUGCGGAACACAGUUCUCACUUCAUUGCUUUUAACCUGCCGUGACGAGAUAAAUGCUUCCUCUCUUGUCCUUGAUGUCUUUCGUCAAUAUAUGCACCCACCAGUUGAACUUCAAUGCAGCAACCCAAUACGAUCUAUUCAUAAUGGUGCAUAUGUGAAUAGGAUCGGAAUUUUCUGUUCAUUUCCCAUGUCUUCCUCACUUGUUGCCCUUGCAUCUAAGAUCUGGCACCUUG